UAUAUUGCCAGACACAUUAAAGAUCUAUUAUAGGUGCGAGCGAACAUGAAGAAGCAGACACGAAAAUAAUAUACCAUGCGUGUAAUAUCAACUAUCCAGCGAAUAUAGUAAUCCGAAGUGUUGAUACAGACAUUGUUGCUAUAAUGCUUGCUCAUAUGCACCACCUAAAAAAUUAUUCGUUUGUUUGGAUGCUGACGGGAACUGGAAACAACUCAAGAUACGUGGACCUUACAAAGAUACACGCAGAAUUAGGAGAAUCUGUUUGUCAAAGUUUGCCUGGAUUCCACGCAAUAAUAGGGUGCGAUUAUAAUCCUGCAUUAUUUAGGAAAGGAAAAUUGAAACCUUACAAACUAUUGAAAAAAUCUAAUGAAUUCCAGAAAGCUUUCCUUAAGUUCGGUGACAGUGAAUUAAUUGAAAAUAAAGAUGAACAAGAAAACGUCUUUAACAUUAUUCAAAGAUUUAUAUGCGACCUAUACAAUGUUCAUAAUAUCAUUGAUGUUGAUGCGGCUAGACUUCAAAUCUUCAUAGAUUCGUAUACAGUAUCUGAUGUAAAUGAAGCUUUUAAUAGAAAAAAAUUGCGAAAUUUCGACGCUAGCAGUUUACCACCUUGUAAAAGUGAACUAUUACAGCAAUUUUUGCGAGCAAAUUAUAUUUGUAGAUAUUUGGAACAAUGCUCACCUACAAAAUCCAACUUCUUAUGGACCAGAAAAUAAUGGUUGGGUACUGGAAAAUGACCAAUACCAUUUUAAAUGGUUCGAAGGGGAUCAGCUACCAAAUUAUGUCAGUGAUUCUUUAAAAACUUCGUCAGAAAAUGACGACGGAGAAGAUACUGACGAUGACCAAUCCACAGAGAGAAGUAGCAGUGAUGAGGAUGAUGAAGAUAUCGACGAGAACGAUGAAAAUAAUUAAAUAUUUUUUUGAAUUUAAUAACAAUAAUACAUGUUCAAAAUAUUAUUUUUUUACUUUGUAUACAGUGGCUAUAAUUAUAAUUAAACUCCUUUUUGUUUAAUGUUUUACUAUCACAAUAACUAUUCCCUCCUUACAGUAUAAAAAAUUGUUUGCAAAAUUAAAUAUUUAAA